CUUUGACAGCGCUGCGGACAGACCGCUGCUCCACUGUGACGCUCUCGAACACACUCAUCGCACACACAGUGAAGACAGCUGAUUUCAGCUCCAGCUGCGAUCUACUUAUUUAUCUGUCUUUUUAAAAAGUGGACUCCAUGGCUGCUACAGGACUCCAGGACUCACCAGAGAAAAAAAGCCUGUCCUCCUCGGUGAAGCGCUAUGGCUCCACGGACAGCAGCGGCGAGCAUGAGCAUCAGAGCAACAGUCAUGCCAACAACCAUCAGUUCCUCGCGGCGAGAGCGGGUCAUUGGGUCGGGGCAGGUGAGGGAGAGGAGGCCCUACGCAGGAAGCUGAAAUACUUCUUCAUGAGUCCUUGUGAUAAAUAUCACGCCAAGGGCCGCAAGCCAUUUAAGCUGGGCCUGCAGCUGCUCAAGAUCAUCAUUGUCACAGCUCAGUUGGUGCUAUUUGGCCUCAGUAACCAGGUGGUGGUGACCUUCAAGGAGGAGAACACGAUGACCUUCAAGCAUCUCUUCCUCAAAGACUACGAUGAGUCCUCAGAUGACUCCUUUGCGGCUUACACGCAGCGCGAUGUCUAUGAGCACAUCUCCUUUGCCGUGGAGCAGUAUCUGGCCUUACCAGAGACCACAGUGGGACGCUACGCAUACGUGUACGGUGUUGGCGUGAAUGGCAGCGCACUCUCCCUCUGCCAGCAGUACUACAAGAAGGGAAGCAUCGACCCAGCCAACGACACCUUUAUUAUAGACCCACACAUCUCCACAAACUGUGUAGGUGUGAACCCUCUGUCCGUGCCCCCGUCUUCGCUCAGCAGCAACUACAAGAACUUCACGCUCAAGUUCCACAAGCUCAUUAAUGUCACAAUAGAGUUCCAGUUGAAGGCAAUCAAUAUACAGACCAUCAUCAACAACGAGAUCCCAGACUGCUACACCUUUUACAUAACGAUUGUUCUGGACAACAAGGCGCACAGCGGCAAGGUGAAGAUCCGGUUAGAAAAUCACGCAUCGAUUAAGGAGUGUAAAGAACCGAGCGUGUCUGGACAGGCUGAGAACUACUCUCGUGUAGCUUUUGACGUCGUGGUGGCUCUGGUGUGCAUGGUGUCCCUGCUUCUCUGCGGGCGCUCCAUACUGCGAGGCAUCACUCUGCAGCAGGAGUUUGUGGAGUUCUUUAAAGAGCGUCUGGAUCGUAAAGUGUGCUGGGCAGACCGGCUGGAGUUCAUAAACGGCUGGUACAUCCUCCUCAUCAUCAGUGACAUCCUCACAAUCACUGGGAGUGUCAUCAAAGUUGGUAUUGAGGCUAAGAAUAUGUCCUCCUAUGACCUCUGUGGCAUCUUGUUAGGGACCUCCACCCUCCUGGUGUGGGUGGGAGUAAUUCGCUACCUCACGUUCUUCCAGAAAUACAAUAUUCUGAUCAUCACACUUCGAGUUGCGUUGCCCAACGUGAUUCGGUUCUGCCUCUGUGUGGCCGUCAUCUAUCUGGGCUACUGCUUCUGUGGCUGGAUCGUCCUGGGACCGUACCAUGUCAAGUUCCGCUCCCUGUCCAUGGUGUCGGAGUGCCUGUUCUCCCUUAUCAACGGGGACGACAUGUUUGUGACGUUUGCAGGGAUGCAGGAGAGCAGCACUCUGGUGUGGCUGUUCAGCCAAGUCUACCUGUACACCUUCAUCUCGCUCUUCAUCUACAUGGUGCUUUCGCUGUUCAUUGCUCUCAUCACAGGAGCCUACGAGACAAUUAAGCACCAAACCCAAGAACCCAUCCACAUCACGGACCUACAGGCUUUCAUAGCAGAGUGCACAGACGCACCGAGCUCAGGGAAGUUCAGGGGUCUGGAAACCUCACCGUGCUCCUUCUUCUGCUGCUGCGACAGAACAACGACAUAUGAAGACGCCCUGCUGGUGAACUGAGGUUGAUCUUGGUGACCUCACUAGCUGCCCCCUGCUGGCUACAGGGAUACAUUGCACAGACUCCUGACGCCAACAUUCUGUGUCUGGGUCAAAUUCUUAAUACAAAUCCUAAGGAGGACCUGCCUUCAGCUGGACCAGCGCUCUGUACAAGGAAUAUACAACAUCAGUCUUUUUAUUGGACCUCAUAUUAGGCCUGUCUUCAUUUCCAUGGACUGAAGGCUGAUGAAGGACAGGACUCCCCCUCUGCGUGAAGAGGAAGACUCAGCACCAUCAUGGCUGAUGAAUGCAAAGACAUUUCUCUGUUCCUUGUAGGUAUUCCAAACAAAUCUGUAUUUUUUCCCCCUAUGUAUUUAAAAAUACACAAGGCUGAACCAGUGGCAGGGACGGCUGUUGAGAUACUAAACAGGUACAGGCUGGGGACCUGCAGAAGUACAUACAUGGUGUUGUUAUUUUUGUGUUUUUCACUUUUAUAGUAUUUCAAAGUUGGUUACCUCCUGAGGACAGGGCUCUAAAAAUGAGGCAUUUGUACAUCCCACAAAACAUAUCCAGCAACCUCACACUCUUUAUUUCAUAAUAACACAGCGCUGUCUACUGUGCAAACUACUAGAAUGAGAGGAGGAAUUCUACCUUCUAGUAUGCUGUCUUUUUUUAGACAAUCAGGGAGGACGACAGGACCACAAACAGAAAUACAGAAGGAGGUUUCAGGUGUGGAAUUGACUUGAUUUGCUCGCUCCCCACGGAGUGUAACGUUUCUAACUGAUUCUUUGGCUCCGGUCCAACAGCACGAGCAUCACGUUGCCUUCGAAUGUGUAUCUUUAGUUUCAUUUUGGAUGCCGCACUCGAUAGCUAUAGUGGAUUGAGUUGCAUUUGUCAGAGUAAUGAUCGAUGCGAGGGGAUGCACUCGCUCCCUAAAGAGGCACUUAAAAUUGUCUGUGGUCAGCUACUACGAGGAAAGCUGCUCUCCAGAGCGAUGUGCAUGUACUGUGUAUUUCUUUAACGAUGCCUAAAGUUCAGAAGUCAGACUUUCAUGUGACUUGUUUUUUAAAUGCCUUACAAAACGGAGCGGGUUUAGGGUUAGGAACAAGAAGAUAGAAUGUUGGCAGACAUAUAUAUGUUUAUCUACAUUAAUACCUUGAUGCCACAUUUUUUGCAGUUUUUAUUGUUAUGUCUUGUCUGAAACUGCAGUCUAGUGCUUGAAUAACUUUACAUUUCUCUGUCUAUAUUCUGCAUAAAACGCACAAUAGUUUCCAGAGUCUAGUAAUCUGGAUUCGUGAAUAUGUUUUUUGGAAAAGUGUCUGAGAUGAUCUUUGAUCCAAGCAGUUGCAGGUUCAUUUGAGUGUGAAGUGACAGAAGGUUUUUCUGUCACCUCAUAUUCUGUCUGAUGAGUAAACACUGGUACCUUUAUACUUAUUUUAUUUAGGGAUUUAGAUGAAAAAUAUGUGUGCCAAACAUAUCAAUGGCCUUAACUUAUUGUUGAUUUUACAUGCAUGUACUUGUAUUUCCUGAUAUUCCUUUCCUAAUGUUUGAAGAUAUCAUGUUUUUAUACAGAAAAAUAUGUGCUUUUACCUAAGAAAUGCUAAAAUGAAGUCAACUAUCUAGUGACAAAAUGUUCCCUGAUCAUCUUUGAAAAUGAAUUAUUUCGUUUCAUUCUAACACAGUUCCUUUGACUCAUCAGAAGAGGGAGCUUGUUGUUCAUGAGUGUGGACACUGUAUCAGAGGACUACAAGUUUAUUUCUCUUCUUGAAAAAGAUGGCAGAGGAAAAAAGGCACAUUGAAAGUUUAAAGGAAACUACGAUUCUUGAUUUCUGCCAAUAAAUCCUUCGGUCCGACACAGUCAAACACA